AUGGAAGCGCUUGAUGCGGACAGUGGAAAGAACGCAGAGUUGACGUACUUCCCUGUUCCCAAAAACGGCAGUUUCUAUGUGGUACCAAAAACUGGCGAAGUUUUGCUGAUGGACUCCCUACUGGGCCUCCCAUCUGCAAUCAAGUUCUAUGUUUUUGCUAAAGACCAUGGUUGGCCCUGCAGAAUCAGUAAGGGUGUGGAGAUCACGGUUACCCCACGACAGUGGUGCCCACUGCGCCCAGGCCAGACAGGGGAGUUGGGCAGCCUGGGUAGGGCAGGGCGGAUGCAUAGGGCAUUGUUGGACUCUGGUAGCAUGGUCUUCCUCAAUGUCUCCGAAGAUGCAAGCAUCGGUUCUGUCGUUAUGAGCCUGAGCCCAGCCAGGUUUCAGGCAGCCUCCUUUGAGCUGGUUUAUCCGAAGACAGAUAUUACCCCAAUCAACGUGGGAAAGGAGAGUGGAGAUAUCGUGAUAGCCAUGCGCCUGGACAGGGAGACUGAACCGUUCAUCGAAAUCACUGUCAAAAUACAAGAUGAACGAGGGCCUGACUGGUACCUGACCAAGGUGAAGCUGAGGGUGACAGAUGUCAACGACAACGUCCCCGAGUGGGCCAUGGAGCCUUACCCCUACCUGGCAGUGGUGUCGCCCGAGGCCCCCCCUGGGGAGCUGGUGUACCCGCUCCAUGCUCUCGACGGGGAUGAGGGCAGUAGCGGCGAGGUGGAAUACUUCCUGGCUGAUGGUGGUAAUGGCUGCUUUGCGGUGGACAAGAAGAGUGGUCACAUCUUGACCACAGGUCUCCCCCUGCAGAUAGACAGGGAGUAUCUGCUGAGUGUGGUGGCCUUUGACAGGCUUGGCAGUCGCAGUGCUCCGGCCAUGGUGUCAGUCAUAGCAGGACCCAGAACACCACAGUUCACCAAGGCAUCCUACGCCAUUUCCAUACCAGAGAACACCCCAGAGGGACAGCCCUUCCUGGUGAUGUUCGCCAUCUCCUUCCAGAAGCAGCCAAUCAGCUACAGCCUGCUGAUCAACCCCAGCAGCCUGUUCAGAAUGCAGCAGGAGACAGGGGAGAUCAGCCUGACCCGCACGCUAGACUAUGAGAAUGACCAAAGACGUUACCUCCUUAUGGUCAGGGCCAGCGAGGGGCCAGGGGGCCUCAGCAGCGCCAUAGAGUUCUUCUCUCUCUCUCCUUUCCACCCUUGUCUCUCUCCUUUCCAACUUUCACUGUUUUCUUUCCCUUCUCAUCCCCCUCGUCUCUCUCCCCUCUCCCCUGAGCAGGUCCAGGUGGUGAUAACGGACGAGAACGACUGUGUCCCAGAAUUUCUCCAGUCCAUUUACAGUGUUGAUGGGGUCCCUGAGACAGUAACCACAGCAACCUCUCUCCUGCAGGUGUUAGCCAGUGACUGUGACUCGGGGUUGAAUGCAGAACUCACUUACUACACUCUAAGCCCAGACUUCAGCAUUUCAGCCCACGGCACCAUCUUCCCUGUGGGCCGUCUGGACUACGAGAGGCCCAACCACCUGUAUGAGUUUGUGGUGAUGGCAGUUGAUAAUGGGGAGGAGCCUCACUCUGGUACCGCCACCAUCCGCCUCCGCAUGGCCAAUGUCAACGACCAGGCCCCCGAAUUCUCCCAGACUGUCUAUCGGACUUUUGUCUCCGAGGACGCUGGCCCCAACACACUAGUUGCCACGGUACUGGCUAAGGACCCAGACGGUGAUGGAAUAGUGUACUCAUUUACAGCUGGCAACGAAGGGGGCAACUUUGUCAUUGACAGCCAGAAAGGGUUGAUCCGGCUGCGCUCCACCCCCCCUCCCAAGCUCCAGGGCCUGGAGUAUGUCCUCAACGUGACGGCUACGGACGACAACGCCUCCGGGGGGCCACACCCACUCUCUGCAACUGCCCGGGUCAUCGUGGGUGUUGAUGACGUCAAUAACAACAAACCCAUCUUUGAGAAGUGUCAGAAGUAUAGGGAGCAGGCAUCUGUGUUGGAGAACCAACCCACAGGGACCUUCGUGCUGCAGGUGCACGCGGUGGACGCAGACGAGGGGGCCAAUGGGAAGGUCAAGUAUGGCCUGAUGCACAGAGACAGAGCCAUGCCUGCCUUCAGAGUCCAUCCUGACACAGGUGUGAUCGUGACGGCACGGCGGUUCGACCGGGAACGUCAGAGAGAGUACUCCAUCACAGUGACGGCUACAGACUGGGCUGACGAGCCUCUCAUAGGGAUCUGUCAACUCAACGUCCUCAUCCAGGACCACAAUGACAACAGCCCCAAGUUUGAGAACCUGCGCUACGAGUACUUUCUGAGAGAGGACACCAUGAUCGGCACCAGUUUCCUGCGUGUGGCGGCGCACGAUGAUGACUUUGGCACCAACGCCGUCGUCACCUACUCCAUGUCCCAGGAGCAGCCUGAGUACCUGAGGGUCAACCCUGUUACCGGCUGGGUGUACGUCAACCAGCCCAUAUCACAGAGGUCCUACAUCACACGGGAAGUAGUUGCCACGGAUGGGGGGAAUCGCAGCACAUCUGUGGAGCUGUCUGUCACCAUUACCAAUGUGAAGAACCAGCCCCCGCAGUGGGAAAAGGACAGCUACAGCGUGGUCAUCCCAGAGAACACAGCCAGGGACACUUCCAUCGUGACGAUCAAAGCAACCUCGUUGCUAGGCGACCCCAGGGUGACUUACAACCUGGAGGAGGGCGUGGUCCCGGAGACUAACAUGCCUGUGCGGUUCUACCUGUCACCCAACCGCGAGGACGGCUCUGCCUCCAUUCUGGUGUCAGAGCCGCUGGACUAUGAGACCACACCCAGUUUCUCCCUGAGGGUGCGGGCUCAGAACGUGGCGGCAGUACCACUGGCUGCAUUCACCACCAUCUAUGUCAACGUCACAGACGUGAACGACAAUGUUCCCUUCUUCACCUCCUCCAUCUAUGAGGCAUCAGUGACUGAGGGAGCCAAGGUGGGGACCAUGGUCCUCCAGGUGUCUGCUCACGAUAAGGACCUGGGUCUCAACGGACAGAUCACCUACUCCCUCCUAAGUGACAGUAGUGGGGACCACCGUCUGUUUCGUGUGGAUCCAGAGCUAGGCUCCAUCUAUACAGAGGCGGUUUUUGACCGCGAGGCACAGGGAUCCUACCUACUGGAGGUGCAGUCUGAAGACGGCAUGGAGUCAGCACGGCCCGGGAGGAACAAACAGCCCAACUUUGACACAGCAUAUGUGCGGGUUUUCAUCAGCGACGUGAACGAUAACAAACCCGUCUUUGCUCAGCGUCUCUAUGAAGUCGGCAUUGACGAGGAUGCAGAUGUCGGCCUGGCUGUUGUCACCGUCGGAGCUAAUGACGAAGAUGAAGGUGCCAACGCCAAGCUACGUUACCAGAUCACAUCGGGCAACACCGGAGGGGUGUUUGACAUGGAGCCUGAAGUGGGAACCAUCUUCAUCGCCCAGCCUCUGGACUACGAGCUGCAGAAGAGGUACAAGCUGCUGGUGCUGGCAUCGGAUGGGAAGUGGGAGGACUACGCCGCUGUGGUGGUCAAUGUGGUCAACAAGAACGACGAGGCUCCAGUCUUCUCUAUGAAUGAGUACUACGGCUCAGUGACUGAGGAGCUGGAUGGCUCGCCGGUCUUUGUGCUUCAGGUGACAGCCAUAGACCCAGACAAGGAUGCAGACCAAGUCGCCGUGCGCUACUCUCUUCAUGGUCAGGGAUCGGAGUCUAAGUUUGUGAUCGACGAGAACACAGGGAAAAUGUACGCCCAGAAGACACUGGACCGCGAGGAGCGGGCAGUGUGGCGCUUUGUGGUCCUGGCCACAGACGAGGAAGGGGAGGGGCUCACCGGCUUCACUGAUGUCAUCAUCAACGUGUGGGACAUCAAUGACAAUGCGCCUUCCUUCGUCUGCGUGCCCGACGGCUGUCACGGCAACGUGGCCGAGAACUCACCCCCAGGAACCUUCGUCAUGGAGAUGACGGCGACGGACCUUGAUGACACGGCGGUGGGUCAGAACGCCAUCCUCUCCUACCGUAUCAUCGAGAACGUGCAUGACGCAGGAGCCGCCAACUUCUUCACCGUUGACGCCAGUACAGGCACCAUCUCAGUUGCAACCGGUGGGUUGGACAGGGAGGUGGCAGAGCGGCACCAGCUGGUGGUUGAAGCCAAGGAUGGAGAGGGUAUGAUGGGCACGGCUACCGCCACUAUCAUCAUCACGGACCUGAAUGACCAUACCCCCCGGUUCAAAGACAAGUGGUGCGGGGCUCGUGUGUCUGAGAGCAGCCCUCCAGACUCAACCGUGCUGAAGCUGGAUGCUGUGGACCCAGACUCGGGGCCUCACGGCCUGCUGGGCUUCAGUGUGGUGGCAGGGGACCAGGGGGAGAGGUUCUACAUGGUGAGCCACAAAGCAGAGCAGUCAGGAACUCUGAGGCUGAGAAAGAGGCUGGAUUACGAGAGGCCCAGCGAGCAACAAUUCAACCUCACCAUUCGUGUGGAGGACUCUGACUUCUCCAGCCUCAUCCACUGCAUCAUACAGGUGGUGGACGAGAAUGACCACGUCCCAGUGUUCGCCCCCACCUCCUACCCCCUCGCCCCUCUGCCAGAAGAUGUUGCAGUGGGAACCAGUAUCACCCAGGUGACGGCCAGCGACUUAGACUCUGACCUGAAUGGGGAAAUAAUCUAUAGCAUCUCCCCAGAGUCAGACCUGUACGACCAUUUCACAGUGGACGGAAACGGCAUCAUGACCGUGACCUGCCCGCUGGACAGAGAAAUCGUGGCAGAGUACCAGCUGGUUGUCCUAGCGACAGACCGGGGUAGUCCAGCCUUGACGGGUAGCACCACGGUCCAGCUGAGCUUGCUGGAUGUAAAUGACAAUGGGCCAGAGCUGGAGGUGACCUAUAACCCUGUCCUCUGGGAGAACAGCCCUGCUCCACAGGUGGUGUGGCUCAACCAGACCUCCACCCUGCUCCACGUUAUCGACAGGGACUCCCUUGAGAAUGGGCCUCCCUUCUCCCUCUCUCUCCCUCGCCUCUACGCCCCUGACUUCCACCUGCAAGACCAUGGCGAUGGCACGGCAACGCUCACGGCACUGCACCGCUUCGACCGCGAGCGGCAGAGGGAGUUCUUCCUGCCCGUGGUCAUGACGGACAGUGGUCGUCCGCCAAUGACGGUCACCAACACACUCACCGUCACUGUGGGCGACCAAAACGACAAUGCCCACCAGGAGGGAGAGAAGGAGAUUUACGUCCACAGCCGGAGGGGAAAGAUGCAGACAACUUCACUGGGCAAGGUCUAUGCCCCUGAUCCUGAUGAUUGGGACAACAAGACCUACACCUUAGAUGCAAGAGGAAUGAAGUAUUUCACCUUAGACAAGAGUACAGGUCACCUGGCCAUCAGACAGAAUACCCUAGCGGGCAGCUACUAUCUCAGAGUGGGCGUGUCGGAUGGGGUGUGGCCGGACGUGGUCUCGGGGGUCACAGUUCACGUGCGGGAGCUGGAGGACCAGGCAAUCCAAUUGUCAGCCUCCCUGCGUCUCACAGGCAUCACUGCCAGGGAUUUUAUUGAGUCCCAGGUGGACAAGACGAGUCGACAGGAUAUGUUCAGGGGCUUCCUGUCUGAACACCUGUCCGUCAGCUUAGGCGCCAUCAACGUAUUCAGCCUGACAGACGUAGGACUGAAGACGCUGGACGUGCGCUUCUCUGUGUACAGCGACAGCUACCUUCGCCCAGAGAAACUACAUGGAUUCCUUGCGGUGCAUAAGAAGAAGCUGCAGUCUCUGCUGCGGGUGAAUGUGUCCCAGGUACAGGUGGAUGAGUGUGUGUACACAGACUGCAGGGCGGGUGGGGGUUGCUCCACAUACCUCAGCGUCAGUGACACGCCCACCCUGGUGGAUGCUGGCAACAAGGCCCUGGUGUCUGUGACAGUGACUUCCUCAGCCGUGUGUGGCUGCACCGCCAGGGACCGUGUCCACCAGGCCUGUUCCUCCUACGCCACAAACCCCUGCUUCAAUGGAGGCACCUGCAUGGACACCCUCAGCGGGUACAGAUGCCAGUGCCCACCGCAGUACGAGGGUCCUGAGUGCCAGCAGACAAGGCGAAGUUUCCUUGGCAACGGAUAUGCCUGGUUUCCUCCCAUAAGGCCGUGCUUUGAUAGCCAUCUCUCCCUGGAGUUCAUCACAGGGGCUGAGGAUGGGCUGCUGCUCUACAGUGGGCCCCUGGCCACCCUGCUUCCCAGAGACCCAGAGGACUACAUGGCCAUAGAGCUGAUUGGUGGAACACCUAGCCUGAAAAUCAACCAUGGGUCUGGAACCCUGGUCCUGCAGUUGCCAGGAAAUGUGGUUGUGUCCGACAAACGCUGGCACCGUCUAGAUGUUAGGAGCAACAGUAAAGAAGUGCGUUUCACCCUGGAUCGCUGCUCCAGUGCCAUUGUCAUGGAGACAGAGGGAGUGGACAGCUGGGCCAUGACCGAGGACCGCUCUUCUUGUGAAGUCAGAGGAGUCACGCCCAAUAGGGACAGGUACUUGAAUGGGAGUCAGGUGUUGCAGCUGGGUGGUGUCAACGAAAACAUGUCCUAUGAGUAUCCCCAGCUGCAGCACAAGCACUUCAGUGGAUGUCUGCGCAACCUGGUUGUGGAUAGUAUGCUCUAUGACCUUGGUUAUCCCUCAGAGUCCUCCAGCAGUGCCCCAGGCUGCUCUCUGACUGAUGGGAACUGUGUAAACAUGGGUGUACCAGCCUGUGGCGCCAGGGGGCGCUGCAACGGGCAGUGGGACUCCUUCCGCUGCCAGUGUGGGCCCGGUUACACAGGGAUCCACUGUGAAGACGAAGUCCCAGAGUUCUCCUUCGAUGGGAGGAGGAGCCAUGUCCAGUACCAGGUGGGCUGGUCUCUCCCGGCCCGUCACACCAGCGUGCAGCUCCAGGUGCGAACCCACGUCCCCAGCGGUGUCCUCCUCAGCCUCCUCUCCCAGGAGCAGAAUGAAUACUUGCGUCUGGAGGUGUUUCAGGGGCUACUGGCUGUCUUUUACAACCUGGGUGACAGACUCUACAACCUCACCCUGCCCUUCCAACGCCUUGACAAUGGAGAAUGGCACGAGGUGGAGCUGGAUCGACAUGGCAAAGAGUUCACCCUUCGAUUGGAUGGUGGCGGCGGGAGGCAAGAGGUCACAGCCGCUCCUGGGCAGAGUCAGGAGAUAGUCAUCGAUCAAACAGUGGUGAUGCUGGGAAACUCUUUCCCUUCAGGAAACAACCACAGCUUCCUAGGGUGUCUGCGAGACCUGAGGCUGAACGGGAGGCCCAUGCCCAUGGCAAAGCAGCCCUCCGUGGGCUCCAAGGGCCUCCAGGUGGUCACAUCCCAGGGGGUCUCCCCAGGUUGCCCCUCAGACGCCUGCAGGAAACACCAGUGCUAUCCCCCCUUCAUAUGUGUGGACCUCUGGAGGAAACACGAGUGCAGGUGCCCCCCUGGUCACAUGACGAAGGAGAAUGACUCGAGCAAAGUGUGUGUCUACACGCUGUGCGUCAGCAGGCCCUGUCGCCACGGCACCUGUGUGGCCCACUCGCCUGCCAAGUACUCGUGUCACUGCUCCGAGGGCUACCGUGGGCGCCACUGUGAGGUCUCUCUGACGCUCUACCACAACAACGACAACAAUACUCUGAGCCUCAGCUCUGCGUUUGCCAUCAGUAUCUGUGUCCUGGCCUUCCUAGUGCUGAUGCUGGGCCUGUCCCUCUACUCCUGCUGGAGGAGACACAAGGGCCUGAAGGAGGGCAUCUACCACGUAUCUGCACACCACGGAGAAUGGGAGGACAUCCGAGAGAACGUGCUCAACUAUGACGAGGAGGGUGGAGGGGAGCAGGACCAGAAUGCCUUCAACAUGGUGGAGUUACAGAGGUCUCUGCGGCCCAGUCCAGCCCAGUCACUUUGGUACAGCUACCCACAAUGCAUCAUACCCUCAUCCUACCCUCAGACGACCAAGCCCCCAGACACGAAGAAUGGGACCAAACCAAAAGGACCAAACGGACCCAAAAACGGCAGCACAGCAAUCGCCCUGCGCCUGGCCCACCCUCCGUCCGGGUCAGCCACCCUCACCUCUCCCAUUGCAAUGCGGCGUUCCCACAAGUCCCUGUCUUUCUCCAGUCAGGACCUGGCCCGCUACCUGUGUGAGGUCAUCAGGGACACAGACCACUCCAUGGGGGACAACCCCGGCUACAUGACCUCACUGCGUCCCCUGUCCAAUAAGGCGCAGCGUGGCAGGCUGGCCGUGCGCUCGCUCAGCUCCCUCAGCGAUGAAGGUCAGGGGUCGGUGGUUCGGGUUCAUGGGGGUCAAGAGAGCCUGAAAGGUCAGAGAUCCCAGAGCCCACGGCUGGACAGGCUCAAAGCCCUGCGAGCUGUUGCCAGUGAACUCAGAGUGGACGGUGCUGUGGACUCUGCUGCCGCCAAGAGCACAGAGGGACAGAAGGACAAAGUGAAGGAUAGAGAGUGCAGGGCGCAGCCCAACUGUGAGAAGAGCGGAUGAGACUGGAGUCAGAAUACAGAAGAUUGGAAUUCACACUUGGAUACUGAGUUCAAGGAUAUUGGGGAGAGGAUGUUCAAAGGCAGCAUCUCAAAAAUUGGAAGUUGUGAAAUGUUUAUAUUGAUUAAUCCAAUGUGUUGGGGGAAAAACCAAAGGAGAAGAAAUAUUUAAGAAAUGUACAUUUCUGAUUUGUAACCCCUUUGAAAAGUAUUCUACGGGUGGAUUGUGGGAAAGAUGUGACGCUUUAACUUGAUAUCAUAUAUUUUACAACCAAUCUGGAAAAGUAUAACCUUUUUCUUGGCAAAUGCCCUGUAUAUACUCCAUAUGGAAAGCACCUUUUGACCAUUUGGUAACACCAAAACUGCAUUCAUUUUGAACAGAAAGCCUCACAAAAACAUAUGUAAAAGAAGGCAAAAGUAUUUGUUGAUCAUUAUCGUAAUAUAAAUUCUGUGAAAAAAAAAAUGUUUGUUUUGAUUGAAUUCUAAUAAAUAUCUUUG